AUGGGUCUAUUAUCAUCUAAAACGCUGAUUCAGGCACAUGCCUUGUGCCUGUUCAUCCUCGCCGUCUACCUCACCAGGUCACCAGAAGUCAUUACGGACUCCGAUGUGGUUUUCAUGCUAGGAGAGACCUUACAAAUAGAUGCUGCACCAUCCCUUUCCCGUCCUCAAUCCCCUUUUGCGCUAUGCGGCAUCCUCCUCGUCGCGGAUGCCCUUGUCGAUCUUAUCCUCGUCACAAAGGUCCCCCGAAUUAAUGAAAUUAUUGCAAUGGCAGAAAUCGCUCGGUCUGCAGCCCCCACGUCGAUCGCAGGAGCUAUGCGAACGAAUCCAUUCUUAGCACGUCUCGCCUCACUUUACACGGAAAUUUGGACCCUGCUCUCUGCUUCACGCUUCUGCCUUUUCUUUGCCGUUUCUUUCUUUAUAUACCAGAGUAAGCCAUCGGAUUGGGGCGUGGAUGGUCGCCAUACAGUUGAUGGGUAUGGCCAAGAGCCCGCCUCUGGCUUGGACCAGUUGAAAAACAGAGUAAUAUUCACGUAUGGCUUUAUGGAAAUGAUGUUUUGGCUUUGGAUUUACCUUACUCUUCGUGAAGAACGACAUGAGAUCGCGGUUCGAUUCGCAGAACAAGACCAACAAGUGUCGUAG